UGUUGAUUGUCGUCGUCGUCGUCGUCGUCACUCGUACGUCAAUGGCAGCUGUUUUUUUUGAUAUAGCAGUCGACUGAAAGAAAAAACACUGACGUUCGACUUAAUUCACCAAUUCAUAUUACAAUUAACAUGCAACUAAUUGGACGUUAAUUACACUGGUUUCUCUCUCCCUCUUUUUUAUUUGUUAUCCUUGAGGAAUCUUUUUCAAAAUGGAAGAAGUGGCUGCCAACACUGAUGAGAGUUAUGACAGUUUUGAGGACCAAAAUUAUGAUGAUCGUCCAACUGAAAGAUGGGCUCCACUCGGGGCUUCAGUAAGCCCAGCUCCCUCAACUAUAGAAAAUGGUGGUGUCAUGCUAACUGAAUCAGAGCAACUGCGACAGCUGGAAGAACAACAAGAACAACUCAACUCCUACUUGCAGGCUUUAACUACUCAUUUUGCUCAGGUGCAGUUCCGCUUGAAACAGACUGUAAAUGCCCCACCUGAAGAAAAAGAAGUUCUAUUAAAAGAGUUGGAACAACUCGCUUUCCAAGGUGUUCCAGAUGUAGUUGGAUGUAUGCUGCCUGUCGGAUGUGACAAUGAUGAUGAUAUGAAUGACAAUGAGCGGGGAAUUAAAAUAAAUGAACAGCGGGAAAAACAGAAAGAAUUAAUCAAUCAACUGAAAAUGCAGCUGGAAGACUUGGAAUUAUAUGCAUAUAAAAAUGGUGAAGCUGGACUCCCAACUAAUCAGAUGAUGGAGAAGCAACGAAUACUUAUUGACCAACUCAAGAACAAACUGGACUUAAAACUAGAGAAUUUUGACCACUUAAGUACUGAUCAACUGAAAGAAAUUGUAGACAAUGCCAUUGGGCAGAUUGUUAAUCCUGCUAAAGUGAAAGGAAAACUUGUUGACCAGCUCAAAACACAAAUUACAGAUUUAGAAAGAUUUAUUCAGUUUUUGCAAGGGGAAGCUACAAGUCCAGGUCCUCUAGGAAAGGAACGGUGUACAUGUUCUGUACAUGGAAAGACAUUUUCUUCUGUUGAUAUGAAAGAUUCUGCUCAAAGUUCAAACCACAAGCGGGGAUUGUCUGAUAACGCUAGUUCAGAAAAUCUACGCCAGACGACAUUAACUUUAAUGAAGAAAGCAUUAGCUUUACUACAAGUCUUUGCUAUCACUCAGUUAGGCUGUGGCACCCAGGAAUUUCAGAAGAAUCUAUUGAAACGGACAACUAAAGGAAACCAUUGGGGAGAUCUUCGUGCUCAGUUAGAAAUCAGCAUUAACAAAGUGUUGAAAGUUGCAGCUGAGGAGGAAAUCCUGAUCCCUAACAGCAGUGAUUUUGACAGUGAAAGUGAUGAGGAUCCAUUACCCCAAAGUAGUCCAGCUGUGACUCAAGCAGUUCGUAGGGAGCUAGCAAUGUCUAUUCGUGAUUUAAUGCAGCAUGGGUUAGUUGAGCUUGGUCAAAGCAACAGUCUUGUGACAUGGGGCUGUUUUCCAAACAGGUCAUCUGGCACCACCAAAUUGAUGCAUGCAUGGGAUCUCCUCCUAAAGUUCUAUGAAAUGAAGCAUGGGAAAGAAUAUAAUGAAUCUCCGGCACGAAAGCUGUCACAGUCCUUCCAUUUAGACAUUGUGGGCGGCAAACCCAUCACAGCCAAACAAACGCUUCUUGGAGCCAUUGAUACCAUUAUUCAGUUACACACACCUUUGAAACGAUCAGAGGAUUCACAUUUCAAAGCAUUCAUCUGUUUGGCAUUAAAUGAGAAGAAGUUAGUUACUUGGCUGAAGCUUUUAUUCCGAACUCAAUUCUUAGUUGAUUAUUAUUACCAAGACUGGAGUUAUGUAGCCAGAACUGGUUUUGAUGAUACCCUUAAAUCCUUGGAACCGCUCAAUUCUAUCAACUUCAAACUCCCUGUUGACAUUGCUGUUCGUCCUUUCAGUAAAAUUAAGGAUGCUUUUUAAAAGAACUUUUAGUGAAUAAAAAAAAAAGACCAAAAAAAAAAACCGGAAAAAAUGCCCCUGUUGGCAUAGUAACAUCAUGUGACUAAAGACAUAAAAAGAAAUGCAUCAAAGAACCUGUACUAUGAAAUCCAUUUGACUUCCUCUAUUUUUUUCUCUCCUUUCUCCUACUUUCCUAUUAUAAAAUAUACUUUCUGAAACUCAUGUAGCAUGCCAGGAUGAUUGUAGAGAUACAUUGAUAAGAAGAAUAAGAAAAAGAACAAGAAGCAAGAUAAUUGUUUACCAACCAAACUAUUUAAAAGAUGGUCACUCUAACAGUUUAUCAUUCUGUGUGUGUGUGUGUAUGUAUAUAUAUAUAUAUAUAUAUACACCCACACAUAGAUGCACACAUUGCAGACAAAAUGACAACAAUGACAAUCACACAAAGAUUGUUAAAGAACUUAACAUUUACAUUUGAAAUAUAUAUAUAUUAAUAUAUGUAUGUAUACAAUAUAUGUGUGUGUGCUUAUAUAUAUAUAUAUAUAUAUAUAUAUAUAUACACACAUGUAGAUGCACAUACAUGUAUACAUACACGAUAUAUGUAUAGGUAUAAAUGUGUGUAUGUAUAUGUGAGUGUGUGUUUAUGCAUAUGUGUAUAUAUAGAGAUGUAAAAAUACUGUAACAUCACCAUAGUUGACUGCACAUAUACAUGUGUCUGUCUGUAAUAAUAUGUGAUAUUUGGGUGGCUAUACAAUAUGUUCAUAUUCAUACUUACCAAAAGAAAGAAAGACAAAAAAAAUUGUUAUUCUAUACCAUUCUAUGAAACAACAGAGAAAGAAAAAAGAAAAAUAUAAUUUGGUUGGGAUUUUUUUUUCCAACAAAUGUAUAAUUCCCUACAAUUUUUGAAACAUCUCCUAGUUGUUACAGUUAAUGUUAUUUCUUCAAAGUAAUUUUAAAUUUUUAUCCUGCCUUAUGUUGUUGUUGUUGCUCUUGCUUCUCAUUCCCUGCCGCUGCCACCACCACCACCACCGCCGCUGCCAUCUCUUUCUCCCAUCAUCCCCAAACUCAUUCAUUCAUAACUCAUGGAAAAGAUCUAAACCUCAUAAGCCUUGACUGAAACCCUUCUUCCUCCACUAAUGAGAGACUGGUCAUUGUAAAGAGACUGAACGACUAGGGCCUGUUGCUCCUUUAAAAAUUGUAUUUCAAAAGCCCAGUUACAUUGUGGAAGAACCAUUUAAAAAUACACAGAAAUUGUUUAACUCUUUAGCAUUCAGGUUGCUCUGUCAAAUGUAAUGCUUAUUUAUUCACAUUGUUUUUAAUUAAUCACGCAUUACCUUGAGGCUUUCUGAUUACUUAUUUUUAGGAAGAAAUUGUAGAGUAAGGUGAUGGUGUGUGGCUUAGUCAUAAUGUCAUGUGUUCGAUCCUCAGCAGCGUGUUAUAACCUCAAACAAGUCUCUUUAUUUCAUGUUGUGGCAGUCCAUUCAGCUGCUAAAAAUGAGUUGUGCCUGUAAUCCGAAGGGCCAACCUUGUCACAUUGAAUCUCCCUGAGUUCUACGUUAAAGAUACACAUGUCUGUGGAGUGCUCUGCUACUUGCAUGUUAGGCUGUUCUGUUAGUCAAAUCAAUUGGAACCCUCAUUAUCAUAACCGGCAGAGUGCCAGUGAGAGAGAGAGUGUGUUAGGUAGUUGUGAGAGGCCAAAAUCUGACCAGUUUGAAUAUAAAACAAGUAGAAUUUUUGGACUGUAUAGGGCCAGUUUAAAUUCAUUUUUGUAUUUGGUUUGCAAGAUUCUUGACAUAAACUCAGGUGUUGAAACAGAUUUUCUUUGUCUUGAGAGGGUCAUUAUGCCAAUAAUAUACACAUGCACUGGUUCUAUUUCACUUCUGUAUUUAUUAUUUAUCAGUUGGUCAACCAUUUAACCAAUUAAGUAGUCGAUUGUUUGAUUAAUCAUUUAGUCAGUUAAUUGACCAAUCAAGUCUGUCAGGACAGGCCUAGAUUAGCAAGAACAUGACAUUGAUGAAGUCACAAAUAGUGACAAAAGGACUUUGACAAAUAUGGCUAAAUUGAUUGAGUGACCACACAAUUAAUCAAACCAUCGAAUAACUAAUUAGGUAAAUGAUUAACCAACUGACAAAUAAAAAUGAAGUGAAAUAGAACCAGUGAAUGUAUUUAAUACUAUAAGCAUAAUGACCUGCCCAAAGGUACAACAAAAUACAUUUAAAUUCAUUUCUUUUUCAUUGAUAUGUUUUCUUUGUUAUUUGACCACGACUUUGUCACUGAUACAGGUCCCCUUUGUGACCAGGUCACAGCUGCACGACAAAAUGAAUGGAAAGUGAAUUUAAUAGUCUCUGUUUCUUCACUGAAAUGAUUCUUCCACGAUGUAACUACUUUAAUAUCAACAACACACUCAGUCUCAGACUAAGCCAUUCACUAGACAUGUACAAAUUCCACAAAGAAAAGAGGAAAAAGAAAUACUUUUCAACAUUCCAAUUUGUUAAUAUUUAUUUCUAUCCAUGCUGUUUUAGGUAUGGUACAAACAUUCUCUUCAGUUGCCUCUAUGUGUGUGUAUGUGUUUUUAUGUAUGUGAGGAGAUGAAGUGUUGAGCAAGCUGGCUUUAUGUCUGGUAUUGAGAGGUUUAAGUAUGAAGUGUGUCUAUGUGUAUAUAAAUGUGUACAUAUAUGUCUAAGAAUUCAUACAUUCACUCAUGUUUUUGUCAGUAGAGUGAGUAUAUUAGUCAACAUGUUCAGCAUUAUAGAGCCAUUACAAUGUGUUUCUAGAUAACUGUGCUAUUGAUUAUAACUGGUAUGAAAAUGAUUAAGAUCAACUGAAAUGGGUGUAUAAUACUGUAUACUUUUAUAUAUAUAAUAUAUAUAUACAUACACACACAUAUAUAGAAAAAAGUGAAAGGAGUACAGUGACUUCGGUCAUUAUAUUUACUGUAGUAUUUUAUAUAUACAUAUAGUUAGAGAGUGUACAUGUGUAUACAUAUAUUUUAGGUUAUUUAUAGUUGGUCAGGGAGUGACCAUUGGUUUCACACCUAUAAAGCUCUUAACUGUAUAGGCAACUUGUCAGGUCCAUUUUGAGUCUGAUGCAUCACCUACACAGCUAAGUGUCUCAUAGGUGCAAAACCAAUAGUCACUCUCUGACUGGCCUUGACAAACAACCUUCUAAAUAUUUCUACUCUAAUGAUUUAAAGUGUAGGUCAUUUUUGGAUAUAUGAACUAACUGAUAUAUAAAUAAGAGAGGGAGAGUGAGAAAGGGUUCUGUUGAAUUGAGACUGUUAACACAUCUAACAAUGUCUGCUUCACAUCUGAGCUUACUUUCUAUUUAGUCUGAACAAAUUCCCAUGUGGUAUGAAAAGUCAAAGCUCUCCAUCAACAGGGUUUUGAUUGAGCAACCCUUCUCAAUGUGUCACUCGAGCAUUUGUUUACCAUUUGCUGCAGCCUCUGCCAGUUCAUCAUUGGAUUUCAUAUUUCGAAAGAGAAGCGAUGAACAAAAGAACAAAAGGAUAGAAUUCUCCCCUUUUCACUUGGAGACCCUAACUACAAACAAAGAGGCCCCGUGAAGAACUGGCAGUAUGUUUUCCUGAAAUGUGUCAAAAGAGAAACUAAAGGCACAAUCUUCAGUGAUAUAACAGUUCUACUAUUGUUGCUGUUGUUAAUAAUAAUUAUGAUAAUAUUGAUUUCUUACAUAAUUAAGGUGAAGGCACGUGUUUUAGUGGUUAGGGUAUUCAGUUCACAUGAGCUGUGCAUUUUGUCCUUGGACAAGACACUUUAUUUCAUGUUGCCCCAGUCCACUCAGCUGAGUCGUACCUAUAAUUCAAAGGGCUGACUUUCUCAUAUUGUGUCUCACUGAAUCUCCUUGAGAACUACAUUAAGCAUGUGUGUGGAGUGCUGAAGCCACUUGCACGUUAAUUUCAUGAGCUGCUUGUUCCAUUGAUCAAAUCAACUGGAACCCUUGCUGCCGUAACCAACAGAGUGCCAGACAGAAUGAUAAAUGAAUCCAGAUUAACCAGCAUGCUGAUCAGAUACUAGAAUCUUUUUGCAGCAUAAAUUUAAGAAAUUUUCUACCUGGCACAGACAUGGUUGUGUGGUUAAGAAGCUUGCCUUACAACCACUUGGUUUCUGGUUCAGUCUCAUUUUGUAGCACCUUGGCUAAGUGUCUUCUACUUUAGCCCCUGGCUGACAAGACAUCGUGAGUGAAUUUGGUUAAUAGAAACUGUGUGGACUCUCAUUGUGUGUGUUUAUGUCCUAUCCUUCUCCAUCACCACCACCACUUUGACAACUGUUGUAGGUUUAUUUAUGUCUCCAUAACUUAAGUUUCAGCAACAGAAGACCAAUAGAACACGUGCUGGGGUUCGAUUUGUUCAAAUAAAUCUGUCAAGGCAUUGCCCCAGCAUGGCUGCAGCCCAACAACAAACGAAACAAGCAAAAGAUUAAAGAUAAAAGAAGUUUUUCUUUUUUCUUUAAGAGGUAAAAAUAAAGAUCAGUAUUGACAGAAGAUUCUAUCUCUUAAAUUCUGAGAUUCUUGCUUUGCUUUGCUUUCUCAAAUGUUUGCACUACAAUUCUAUAUUUCUGAGAUGAGGAAUUUUUAUCUUGUAUACCGUUUAUAUUGGUCAAAUUGGUGUCCUUAUCUUGAUUGUUGCUUUCAUUACAUUUCAGCUGUUGUAUGUUCCAGCCUUCUUCAGGUGUCUUAUGUUAAACUCAGUUGUUGUAUCGGAAUUUUGAACCUAACCUUUUAUUCAAUCCAUGGGGGUACCCUGUUCUCAUUCUACUCUCUGCAUUUUGUGACAUUUUUUUUCUUUCGGUGCCUUGCCUGGGAUUGAACUCAGAAUCUCUACAUGACUGUAUAGUGUGGUAAAGACAUUGGUUAAUACAAUGCAGACCCCUAGAGGCUCUGAAUUCAAUUCUUGGCCAGGCAUUAAGAUAAUUCACAAAAAUCAACUGAAGUAAAAAUGUCAUGAAACACAGAGAGCAGAUUGAGAACAGUGUACCCCCAUGAAUCAAAUAGUGGGUUAGGUUCCAAAUUCCAGUACAACACCUGAAAUGUAGUGAAAACAACAAUCAAGAUAACAACACCAGUCCAACUAACAUAAACAGUAUACAUAAAUGUUUGCCCUGUUCGAUGAAAUGUGAAUGGAAAAACUCUUGACAAUAACUUGUACAGUAUUUAAAAAGAAAAAAAAAAUUGUGAGAAAUAUAAUAAUAGAAUUAUCAGUUAUUUCGAAAAUAUUUUUUUUAAAAUUUGUUUUUACAAGGAAUUUUUGCUUGUAGACUAAUUCCUAAAUCUUAAACCACCAGAUGAUAAAUAUUGGAGGUUGAUUGACAGAGUGAUAGAGUUUGAAUGUGAAUGUGUGGUUCUCACUCCAGUAAAGGUGAUUGAGACCCAACUAUAAGGUCCAGAUCCUAACCCUUAAAUUUGUCAGAUAGGGUUAUUCUCUGUCGAGAAGUUGUAAACACCCAAAAGUUAUUUUACAACAAUCAUUUCUUCAUACACAAAUAAAACUGAAAUUUUUCUCCUCCAAAUCCAAUUUCUUCACUACCAUCUGAAAACAUUCCAUUUUAUUGUUAAAUUCUGUCGUUUUAUCGUAAUUCAUUAAUUAGAAGGUAGGGUCGGGGCAACUGUCAGUAACAAUCCACUUGUUAGGCUAAACUGAUGUUUCUAUUUGCAAUCAUAGCAAUUAAAAAUGAACCAUCACAGUCACUUGACUUGUGCUAGAAAUAGCAACAACAUGCAAACCAGGUAUUUCUUAGAUGUUCAAAAUUUGUUUUUUUUCUACACCUUGUAGAAAAACAGAACAUGGUGGUGAAAAAACCCACAAAACACUCAAAAAUUUUAUUUAUAAAUUAUAUUUUGUUUUGUUAAACUCUUUAUCACAUUCAUGUCUUUCACACCCCCAGAUCUAAGAAUGAUUGUAACACCCCAACUCAUUUUGAUUGCAUUCCAUGGUUCUAACCAUUAUUUAUGUAUUAUAUUUGAAUUUGUUUUUUUGUCAAUUUUGAUUUUUGUAAAUUUUGUUUUUGAUUUUAAUGUUAUGUUUGCAUAUUUUUUUUUCUUUCAAAAUUUUAUUCUUAUACAAAACACUGGAGUGGUGCUACAGAAUUUUCUGGGACCAAUUAACAAAUUUAUGUUUAUUGUAUAUUAUAGUAUAAUAAAAGGACGCUAGAUUAGCGAAAUCGUUAGUGACAUACUAAAUGCUUCACAGUAUUUAGUUAUGCUCCUUCACAUUCCAAGUUCAAAUCCUACCAAGAUUGAUUUUACUCUUUGAUCCUUCUGGGGUCAAUAAAAUAAAGUACUAGUCAAGUACUGGGGUCAGUUUAAUCAAUUAACCCCUCCCCUCAAAAUUUUCAGGCCAUAUACCUACAUUAGAAACUUAAUACUGUGAUGCUUCAUUAUUCAACAUGUUUUUUUUCUGUCGCUUGCUCCUCAUGUAUUAUCUGUUAUUCUUUAACUCCCGUUCUUCUCUGUUAGUCAUUCCCAAUUCUGUUAUAUACAUCAUCUUUGUAAAUUGCGUCAUUCUGUUUCACUGUUUAGGUGUCACUGCUGAUAGAGGACGUCGCCAGUGACACUAAUUAGUUGGUACAACUAAUUCACCACCACCACCACCACCUGUUUCAACAAUGAUAUCAGUAAUUUGAAUGUGUAUCAUAAACUUUCACUAGUUCAAACAUAUCAUAAAAGUCAUUUCUCUCAUCAUAA